CCGCGAGCUCACGCUGCGCGCGCUGCGGUCGCCACAACAGGGCGGCGAGAGCGACAUUUGAAUUCGGAUUCUCAAAAUUUAGUGGGCCUCUGCACGAUAUCUACGAUGUAUCGCCGAUCAAAAUCAUGCAGGAAAGUGCCGGAACGCACGAUGACAAGAAGUGACAUAUUUAAACUUGUACAGGGUAUUCGAACUAAGAAGCACAGAGAAGCUGCGCCUCCAGACGAAUUAUCUGACAAAUCGGAAGGAUCGCGGUCGCAAGACCCUUCCAGCGAGGACCUUGAUAGUAAAGAGAUGAGAAGUGGCCUGAAUGUAUGCAUAUUCCCUUGCAACAAUCCGAUCGAACAUGUAAUUGCAGAAUGUUAUAGACACGCCAAACAUGGCCGAGGUUUAUCGACAGAAAAUUCGCAAUCAACUGGGAGUGAGGAACUAAGCUUGUCUACGUGCGAAAACCUCUUGAGCCAAGUAGCGAAGAAAAUAGAGGAGCUUCAAAACGAGAUGAAACUUUAUCAAUCCCAGAAUGAACUCCUGAAGAAUCUGCAACAGCAGUACCACCAGAUGUUGAACAAGCUUCAGAAAGAGAAAGAUGAAUUUGAGGCAUACAGAGAAAAAGAAACUGCCAAGCUGAGAAGCGAGAUUGAAGAAGAAAAGCGAAACAUUAGAAAACAGCGGCACCGGCAAAACCUCAUCAGAGUUACCAAGGCAGAAACGAAACACUCUGCUUCAGCUGCAAAAGAUAAGGAUAGAGAAGCACAGAGCCAGAUCCAACGAAAAGUCAAUCUACUGACGAGUGAGAACGGGCGCCUCAAGGACAAGCUCCAACUUGCAGACCAGGAGAAGGAUUCCUUGAAGGCCAUGGUGAAGGAACUAGAGGAGCAAAGAAUAGCUCUGCUGGAGAAAAUGUCAGAGUUAAAGCGUUAUCCAAGCCUAAACGAACUGUCACCGGCUUCACACUUUGUCAAGCCCAUGCUCAUACCUGUGCCUAGCUCUCCCUUUCAGGCCGAUGGUGCUCAGUUGGCAUUGGAAAGUGCGCACGGAGACAGCAUAUGCAUGGAGGCCAAAAACUGCAAGGAAACUGUAUUUGAUAUUGGUAGUACAGUGAACCCAAAUGCAACAUCUGCACCUGAGCCAUCAGUUGUCAUUUCGGCUACUGUGGUCACACGCCUCUCCCUCGACAGCAGCUCGGACAGCAUUCAGAAGUUCUCUCACAGCCAGUCCUCGAAAACAGUGAGGUUCGCUGCAGAUGCACCCACAAGUCAGAGCAAUAGCAAUGUAUUGGACAGCAUUGGCACAACUACUGCUGCGGAAGGUAAGCAUACACAGGGUCCCUCCGAUCAGUCUGUUGGACAAGGAUUGGCAGAGCUAUGCAUAAGUUACAGAGAAAUCAAUUCAGUCCAGAAGUUACGGGGUGCACGUUCAAAAGAAAUGGUCAUAAAAAACGACGCGCUUCCCGAGUGCAUAUCGAAGGUGACGCAAGUUGGAUUGGUCACCAAGGAAAUACUGGCUAACACAUCAUUCAGAAGAGCAGAUGUUCUGCAUCGGAAUGGAGCAUCACAGAUGAGUCUGCAUUCUGAUGGGCCUAGUUCAGCGACUGGCGAAGGCAGUCAAAAAAGCCUACCUCUAGUCUCCGAUUUGAGUGGGAAAAGAGUGGAGUCGAGUGAAGGACAAGACAGGUGCAUUAGUGCUGACAUUGAGGCCUCAAAGUGUGACCAAACAGAGCUGGACUCUUGCCAUGGUUCCGAGCAAGGGCAGUCAUCCCAUAAUGACGAGCAAGUCAUUGAAAGAACUGAGAAGGCAUAUUGGGAACUGGUUAAAGAUUCUCAAUGCAGUGGACACAUGGGCAGUGAAAUCAAUAUUCCAAAAAACGGGGAUCACUCAGAUUGGGAGUCUUACGAGGAGCCUGAACAAAGCCCAUUUGUGUAUGGUACUCGGUCUGCAAAGGACACAGAAUGUUCGGAGGUUGGCAUUGACGAAUCUGGUAAAAAAUGUGAAAGUGAGGACCACAACACGCAAGGCAGUGCUCAUAAUGUGCGCCAAAAUGCAGAGGAAGCUGGAAGCAGCCUUCAAGCAUCUAUUCAGAAGCUUGGUGGCCACUGCUUGUUGCAAGCGCCAAAAGCAAUGUCGCACUGUUUUCUACAAGACCGGCAAGCACCACAGUGUGCAAAUCUUUGGAAAGGGCCAGCCAACUUAACAUCGCACCUCUCCACAGACAGGAAGGUUAGCUCGCUUGUAAAGAAACAUUCUCAAGCAUGCACUUCAAGUGAAGGUGCCAGUGACUUGUGCAGGUCGAUGAGAGCACGCAAGUCCCAGUCUGCUCAGAUUCAGUCUUCCAGCCUUAUGCGGGACCACAGCCUCGAUAAGCACACCAGCCGCACGUGGGCACUAGAUUCCGACGGUCACAAGAUGUUGCUGACUGUUUUGUCCAAGGAGAUUGACCCAUUUACGCAAGUCAUCAUCUAUAAGUUUCAGAAUGGGGACCAAAAAGAUCUGCAUCCCGAUGGAAAAGUGGUCUAUCACUAUGCAAAGAGUCAGACUGUCCACUCAGUUUACCCUUGUGGCAAGAAGGAAAUCAAGUUUGCCAACGGUCAAGUUGAGACGCACAGCGUGGAUGGAAAUGUUGAGGUUACAUACCCGGAUGGCACGGUGCGCCGCAUCCUCUGUACUGGAGAAGAAGAACAGAAGACGCCAGAUGGCAUCGUGGCUCGAAGACUUAGAGAUGGCACAGAAACGAUCGAUUACCCAAAUGGCCAGAAGGAGGUUCGCAGUGAACUUUACAGGAGCCGAUACUACCCAAAUGGCACCGUCAAGACUGUUUACACAGAUGGGAAGCAAGUUACCAGGUAUCCCAAUGGACGAGUUAGAGUCAAAGAAGCUGAUGGCACCGUCAGAGGGUAGUAGAAAUAAGCUGGUACUUUGCCUCAAGUUUAUCUUCUCAUAUACGUAUUGCCUGCUGCGUGACCAGGACAGUGUCUUCUCGUAGAUUUAGCAAUAUUUAUUGCAUUCACUGCCCUAUGGUGUUUUUAAAGGCAAUAAAUACAGAGUAAAUGUAUAGUAUAAAUGCACAGAAGGAUGCACAUGAAAAUCAGCGCCUUUUAUUCUUAAAU